CUUAUUAGCCAAAUGCACAGCAUUUGCAGCGGCUGCUAUAGCGAAGAUGUGCCACUCAAACUAGUUUUAGUUCAGUUUUCUUCAUUCAACGAGCAAGUUUGGUAGAAAGCGUUGGUUGGCGCAUUUAUUAGACCAGCACGCUAGUGUGUCGUCGUCGUAGUUAUUAUCGCGGUCACUGUGCUAGUAAACGAAAUUAAGGCAAUUGGCACUUGGAUAAAUGUGUGGAGUGCUAGGGCUCGUGCGGUUGAGUUAUUUCAUAACAAUUAAAAAAAAACGCAUGAAUUCUACUAUUUUAUGAAAUAUGCAACAAAAGUUUACGAGCCGAUAAGUUUCUCACAAAGUAAAUGCAAACUUUCUGCAAGGAAAGUUUAAAAGCAUUUACCUACUUGCAGCAAGGAAAAAAAAGACGAAAUUUUCUUCACAUACAUAUAUUUCUUGUAUAGUUGUUUAUUGUUACGUGAAUGCGUUGCGUUUUGUAGGUGUUUGCGUGUAAAAGAAUGCGGGUCGUGCACAAAUACAUGCAUGCAUGCAUGAGUAUAUGACUGUAUUUGUGUUGAAUUCGAUGAGUGUGGUUUGAGUCAUACCUGAAAAAAUAGUCGAAGAAAAAACAAAAAGUCACAAAAGCAGCAGCAGAUUUUGUAGUAAAUCGAGUAAACAAAAAAAUAAUUGCAGUGUGCAAUACGAACUUUUUUGCAGAAUUUAAAUAAAUUAUUGAACAAGUCGAAAAUUAAAAGAAAUUAAUUACAAAAGAAUUAAGUUAGCAAACACCGGAAGUGGCGAAGCCGUUAAGAAAACGUAAUAAAUGUGUGUUUGUUUGUGGGAAAACAAAACUGAGUGGAAUACUUGGUUGCAGCAACGCAGUUUCCUGCCUAUUCUCAUAUCUUUGUUGGUGUAGGUCAAUAACUUGCUAAGGCGUAAAGAUACUCGAAUUCAGAAGAUAAUGCGAAAGUAGCAGAGGCACAAAGAAAGUUCAGUAGCAACAGCAAAAUUGGCUUAAUUCGACUUAUCAAACGAUCACUAAUUGAAGCAGUUAUAUUUAAAUAUUAGUGACAUAGAAUAGUGAAGAAAAUAAGUAAACAUUAGCUAUUCCAACCAGCACAACAACAAUACGGCAAUCGUAGCCGGGUGCACAGCCAGAAAAGAUAACAAAGGCAAAUACCUAGUGGAGGAAGUAGAAGGCAGCGUAGAAAAAGUGGUAGCAAACAGCAAAACCAACGAGUUGUUUACACGCACACAAAUGCAUUUGUUGUACAUACAUACAAACAUAAGUACAUAUUUCUUUUUCCACUUUACUCGCAUUCUCUACUUGGCUGUUGGCUGUUGGCUGUCUGGACAAGACGAAUGAAUACCACCUUUCCGGUUUGGUUGGCAGCAGAAGUGUUUGGAAGCGUGUGCAGGCAAAAAGCAGGUUUUCGAACAGUGCAAGGCGCAGUGCAAAAGAUAAUAAAAGUACAUAAAUAAAAACUAAAAAAAUUACCUGAAAAUAAAAAUUGAGAGAUCAAAUGUAACGGGCAGCGAGUAGCUGUCGCUGUUUUGUGAGAAAGAAUUGCGCUGGAAAUACAAGAAAAUUAAAUUAUAACAAUUUAACAAUUGAGUGUAAGAAAAUUAAUAAAUUAAAAAAAUAGCUAAAAUGCGUAAAUAACGCACUGCCUAUUGAACGUGUGUUUGUAGUGCAGCAGAUUCGAGUGCAACAAAAUAAUUAACUAAAAUUGAAUAAAAACAAAAAAAAAACGUCAAGCUGUAACUGAUCUACGCAUUUGCUUGCAAACUUAAAAAACCAACGAAAGUUUUUAACCAAAAGUGUUUUGUCGCAAUUGUGUGCCCGCAAAGUUGUUCAACGAAUUUGCACAGUUUCCUCGAGUCGGUUUAUUUAAUUUUUCUUGUGCCACCACAAGACCACAACAACAUCUCUACUUCAAUGCAAAGCCACUCGCAGGUCGCACCACAACACUUUGUAGCAGUAAAAUUAAGCAAAUAACAAAAAUAAAAAAAAGGCAGACAUUGUAAAAACUUCUGACUCUCGUCCGCAAGCUGCAGCAGCAGCAACUACUUUUGGACAUAAGCACAAUUGUUAGCCGGAAAUGCCAGCGUGCUAAGUAACUUGCAACUCGUCAACUCCUUUGUGUGCUUUUUGGCUUGGCUACUAUUGGAUGCAAUUACUCAGUCAGUCACUCACUUACCCAGCCAGUCCUUUCACAUUGCCACAGUGCGAUUUUGUGCGUUCUUGGAACUUUGAGUCAUACGAUUUUACCCCCCCGCAAUUAUUUAUGUGCACUCGUUUUGUUGGUUGGGGCAUAAUAAAUAAACGCGACAACUACAUACUACAUACAUACAUACGUAACGGAAGCUGCAGCAUUUGCAACAUUUCUUCAUCCUCUGGAUAAAUAGUGGACUGCUUUUAACGCAGCAAUUCCACUUUGUAUAUUUUCUGUCCCCAAAUUUUUAAUGGAAUAAUUAUGUCAUGGGAUCGUGUACGCGACGACACUUUAUGCUGUCAACAUGCCUGCUGCAAAUGAUAACAAUCAUCGAACGCCAAGUAUUCGAUUUUCUCGGAUACAUGUGGGCGCCCAUAUUGGUCAAUUUCUUUCACAUAAUAUUCAUCAUAUUGGGAUUUUAUGGAGCAUAUCAUUUUAGAAUAAAAUAUAUAAUAACCUAUUUAGUAUGGAGCUUCAUUUGGAUUGGUUGGAAUGCGUUUCUGAUAUGCUUUUACCUGAAUGUAGGCAUAUUGGAUCGGGACAGCGAUCUGCUCAAUAUGGGCACCGGUAGCGUCUCCUGGUUCGAGGUGAACGGUUAUGGUUGCAAGCCAACAUAUCCAGUGAAUAUCACCUCUGACGAUCCAUUUCGUCCCAUACGUCCGGAACGUGUGGAUGAUUGCUUAUUAGAUUAUACUAUAGUCGAAGUAGUACAAUCGGGUGUGCAAUGUGCUUUAGCGUUACUUGGUAUUUUAGGCGCCAUAUUAAUAAGUUACAUAUUCCUCGAUGAAGAUGACAGAUUCGAUUUCGUGAAUGGCGACGCCAAGAGUCCCCAGCACACGGUGGUCCAUCCAAUGUACGUGAGCUACAGCAGCAUACCGACCUCGGCAAGCGCUAGCGCCACAUUGCUCUCAAACAAGCAUCACAACAAUCACCAAGCACUUAACAACAAUAACAACCACCACCAAAUUCAUCCGCAACAACAGCAACUGCAACUGCAGCAGCAGCUCAGUCAUCAUCAGCAACCAAAUAAUUUUAACAGUAACACAUUUCUAAUACACACGAACAGCAUCAGCAACAACAGCCAUAGCCAUAGCCGUAGUCAUAGUCAUAAUCAUAGUCAGAGUCAGAGUCAAAGCAACAAUAGUCGCAGCCGCAGCCGCAGCCGCAGCAAUAGCCAAAGUGGUGGGGUUGGUGGCGGUGGCAUUGGCAAUGGCGGCGGUGGCGCGGCGAGAAAGGGUCGUGGCGGCGGCGGUGGUGGCGGCGGGGGCGGCGAUGGCAACUGCAACUCGCUCAGCGCAAGCAAAACGAGUACACUGACGCGCAUUCUUUACAGCCCGAAGAGUAGCAAUAAGAUCGGCUCGUCUACGGGCAACACCAUACUCCCCGUAGAUAUGUUGCAGCGGCAGCAAUCGCUACCACAAACGCAUACCGUGACGUCAUUAGGCGGUGGCGGCGGGCAGCACUACUAUGACGACAGCACUGCCAAAGCGGAUCAGCUGUACACGAACAGCAAUCGACGGCAAUUCUUGAAUGGUACGACAUAUCAGCAGCACCAACAGCAGCAGCAGCAACAACAAAAUGCUGGCACACCAAACUCCUCAACGCACGACAACACCACAUCGUCGCUCUCGUAUGCUUCGCUGCAGAAUUCCAAUUUGAAUUUGACACAGAGCUUGCGUGGCGGCCAUGGUGGUGGUGGGUUUGGCUACACGGGCACGGUUGGUGGUGGCAAUGGCAUGUGUGCGGGUGUGGUGGGUUCUAGCUCGGGCGGUUUUGGUCGUGGCGGUGGCGGUGGCGGGGGCAUGACCGCCGCCUCGUCGCAAGCCACGCUCAGUCCGCUUAGCAAUAGCCAAUUUAGUCUCAGCAAUAGUAUCAACAAUAAUUAUAGCAACCAUAGUGGCAGCACCGCCAACAACAACAACCACACCAAUUACAGCAAUGUCUUAAAUAACCAUACUAACUAUGUAAAUAACAAUAACGGUAGCAUGGGUAGCGGCGUUGGUGGCGGUCACUUCGCGCGCAUUCACGCUAAACCCAAGCCGCCCAAGUCGACGAGCUACAGCAGCUUCAUCAACAACGGCAGCGCGGCGAAUCUCACUAAUGGUGUCGGCAUCGGCGUCGGUGGCGGCGGCAGCGGCUGCGGCAGCGCUGGGGGUUCCAUGACCAAUAUCCAUCGUCCAGACAUCAAGUAUACGCAAAUGUCCAACGAGCGCCUGUCGCGCAACUUGGAGGAGGGUCUAGAGGACGACAAUUUCUCGCUGCAGAAUUUCAAAACCGAUGACGGUAUUACCUAUGUACCCUUCCAGAAACCAACGCCAGGCGCACUCUUCGUCGGCCAGAAUAACAAUCCCUCGUAUGUGUCGUUGAACUCAUUUGGAGGCACGCAGAUGUCGCCCAACAACAAUGCUAGUCCAAAUACGAUUAACAACAAUGCUUUACCGCAAUUCACGCGCAGCAUUUCUCAGUUGGCGCCACCACCACCGCCACCGCCACCGGCUCUCCAAGAAGGAGAGAUACUUUUAGAGCGCGGCGCUGUACUACAACCCGCCUACAACUAUCAGCCACAUGCACAACAACAGCAAAUGCUGUUGCAGUCACAGGCUGCACAAGGCGCGCAGCAACAGCAACAGCCACUAAUGAAUCCUGCCAAUCGUUUUCUCUACCAACAAAACGGCCUACCAUUCCAUCCAGCCUACAAUAAGCCCAUUCCAGUGCCACUACCGGUGCCCACGCAUACGUCGCCGCCCAUGUCUGCGUCAUAUCAUCACCACAUGAGCCCAGUCGCCAAACAACCGCCACGCCCAACAAACAUUCCAUUACCCACCAUUCCGCCACAUUCAUUCGACACGCCCAUUUCACCCUCGGAGGUUACACCUCCACCACCUCCUGCGCCACGUCCACACAUUUUCCAGCCACGUUCCGGCCAUGCGCCCUACCCCGAUCUCUCACCCGAGGUGACCGAGAAAUAUGCCAUGCCCACACAGUACGUACCGCGCUCACCGGUCGCUUCGCGUAUUGCGCGUCGUCAGCGCCAACAACAACAGACGUCGCAUAAUUAUCACCACCAGCAGUCGGCGCUGCCGGCGACGCAUCACGUGAAUACGUCAGCAAACUUUUGCGAUCAAGUGCGUGAUGCGCCACCUGGCUAUAUAGUGGACGCAGGCUUCAGCAUUGUGCGCGCAAAAAGCUAUGACCGCCUGGCCUCGUCGUCGUCGGGUUCCGUGCGACGCGAUGCGAAAGGCGAAGCACAGUCGAAGCAGGCGCAAGUCAAUGCCGAAGCAGCGCCGCAUGUAAAUAGGCGCAGUGGUCGUCGUGAUGCCGCCGCACGCGCGCGUCCACGAUCAUAUUGCAAUUCGAUGUCUGGUGGUGAGGGCGUGAUACGCGGUAGCUUGGUCUAUGAGCGCGAUUUCGUGGUCGAGAGUGGAGUUAAUGGUGCUGAUGGCGUUGGUGGUAGUGGCGCAGGUGAGGGAGGUGGACAGUUUGUUGGUGGUGAUCAGUUGGCAUAGGCAGAGGCUGGGAAAGUGAGUAGUACAGUAUUGGAGGCACAAAAGCUGCGAACUACCAGCGAUCGUACACGGUAUUGAGGUAGAGUUUCGAAGAAGGGAUUUACAUGCGUAGUAUUCGGGAAUAUAGUUGACAAAACCGCUUUGUAAAAUGUACAGUGGUUGAGAAAAGCCAAUGGAUGCAUUCUUUUUCGAUAGGCUGAGAGCGUAAUGAGGUCAGAAAAAUAAUUAGCGCACAGAGCUCGAUAGACAUGUUUUGCGAUAAAACGAUGUAGAAAGCGAUAAAAGUAGGUGAUAUAGACUUUGCGAAGCUCUUAGAGCGGCGACUAACUUAUAGAGCUUUUGCUCUUUUGAUGCUCAUAUAAAAUCAACAGAAAUCUUUAAAGGCUCUGCCCGCGGUCUAUGUUUUUGAUCGAGUCCGCCUUAGAGCGGUGAUGAAAUUCUGAACUUUUUAAGCUUUCUAUCUAUUUUAUAUAAGCAUGCACAGGCUAAAAGCCCUCUCUGCUCAUUACAGCCUCAAGAGUUUUUAGUCGUCUUAAAUUGGUCAUGACAAAUUUUAAGCGCUUCAGUAAAACCGUAAGGAGCUUACAUAGGUUUAAAGGAGUUGUGAGCGCCGUGGUACAAAGGGUGGAAUUUCAAAAGCUCUUUUAGUAGCAUGAAAGCUGCUCAAGGAAUAACAAAGUGCACAAAUGCACUCGGGUAAGAAAUUUAAAAAAAGGUCAAAAAGCAAGAGAUUAUUAGACCGAUUUGUAGUGUAGUGAUCGAAAGCAAAAAUUUUAAAGCUAUUUGUAGCUAAAAGCCGUAGAAGUGGUACUUUGUGAAGAAAAAGUUUUGCGCAAAGGACUUUUACUUUCCAAAACCGUUACCUAUAUAUGGCACUUACAGCCUCUCCAAAGUCACCGAGAAUCGCCAAGAAGUAGCUAUCAUCCCAUUCAAAGCGGUUUCAGUUCAUUUCUGUGUUUUAUCUGCACCCACUUUCAUUGCGCUUAAACUCACUUCAUUCAUUUAUAUUCAUGCCCAUGCCGCUGCAUUGGUUUUGUUUAAAAUUUUCUUGCUAUUUUCUUUUAAUUUCAUUAAUUUUAAUUUCUUAGACUCAUAGAUUACGAUUGCUGAUUUGAAUGCUCUCAUUUGCGGAAAAGUGGUGGUUAAAUGGUUGUUGAAGCUUCUUCUUUAUCUAACUCACUCUCUCACGUAGCUGCUAAACUAUGUGCGGCCUCUCAAUCGAACAUGAAAAAUUUAAUCAUGCUCUCAAACAUGCAAGCUCUCUACUAAAUCGUUUAUUUAACGCGCGCCAGCCCACUUCGUGUCACCGUGGCGCCGUCGCGCCGUUAAAUGUUGCUUGCGCUGAAGUUGCUGUUGCUACUAUCGACCAGGGCGAUGUUGCUGCAAUACAUAUAUUGCUAAGUGAAUAUAAAUUUGCCACAGCAAACGGCUUAAAAGAUGUAUGUAAAUGUCAAGCGAAUUCCUUGAAAAAUUAAAUAUUAAGAAAACGUUAAUCAAUUUAAUGGCAUGCAAAUGUUUGCAAAGAAUGCAAGUGAAAAAAUUUGAAAUUCAAUGUUGUGUACUAAAAAUGUGUUAAAGAAAAACGGAAAUGAAAAAUGUUCCAAAAUAUUUGGUGUUGUUAGUUAGUUUGUGUAUUAGAAUUUAUGUUCUUAACCUGCAUACGAAUACAUACUUACAACACACACGUAUACAUACUUAUACACUUGUUUGUAUUGUAAAUUGAUGAUGUAAAUUAUACUAUAUACAUAAAAUGUAUUAUUAUUUAACGAACACACAUACUUAUUUAGUUAUAUGUAUGUAUGAAUAUCCUUGUACAUAAUAUUGUUUUUUUUUUUUUAGUACAACAUAAAAUAACUUGUAAUUCUUAUAACAAUACUGGUAUGGGUAUUCGAUUUGUUUUGAACGAAUUUGGAGUUUAUACUAUGAAGGUAUAAUAGAAUUUGAAUAGAAAUCUCACAAAACUGGAUACACAAAUCACGAUUAAUAAGUAGCUUAGCUAAACACAAAAUUAGUAGGGUUUGAGCGCAUAUGACGGUGCUGGCAACAUGUAUCGGGCGACGGCAUGUUGCUAGCGCUGGCGUCGAGGAGAAUAUGUUGGUAGAGAAGGUGGUGGGCGUACGUGGCAAUUAACAAAUCACAUGAGGGAUUUAUUGAGUUAAAUCGAGAAUGAGAUUAAUAAAGAUCGGUGCAAAAUAUCGCGAAAGAGAGUGAAGUGAGAUCAAGGUAAUUAAAGAGAAAAGGGAAAAUAAAUACAUGGCAAAGAAAAAUGAGAACGUUGGGACCGAAGUGAUAAGUAGAAGGAGAAAAAUAUACAGACAAAGACAUGUUUACAACCUAAAGUACGGGCAUAGAAAGAGACUCAGAUACGGAAUAAAAAAAAAAAACAAAUAAAAUAAAAAUAAAAAUACAGUUAUCUAAAGAAACAGAUAUAACAUGCAGGUUCAGACAAAAGAUAAAGCUCAAAUUUCAUAAAGAGAUGAAGAUAACAAAAAUGAAGAGAUAAUGACAAGCAGGUGCAUCAGUAUCAAAGAAACGAUAACGAUAAAGAUAAGAUUAAAGACAAAGAAAUAAAGAUUAAAAAUUAUAAAGAAAUUAAAGGUACAAUUAAAAUUAAAGAUUAAGCUGGAGAUAUAAAGAUUAAAAUAAAGAUGUAAAUAUAUAGACAAAGAUGAACCUAAGGAUAAAGCUGAACAUAAAGAAAACGAUAAACAUAAUAAUAAAGACAAACACAAAAAUAAAGACAAAGAUACAGAUACACACGCGCGUUCGGGUACAGUGAAAAGGUUAGGAACCAACAUUAUAGUGAAAGAAGGAAAGAAGAAAAGAUUAAUAACAACUAAAACUUUGCAAUAUAUUUUUAAUUUUGAAUCGCUUUCAUGAACAUGAAACGCUGUCCAUAAAAUUGUGCAUCGAUAUGAUCAGAAGCUGAUUAGAUAUAGCCAUGUCCGUCUGUCUGUCUGCCCGUCUGAUGGAAAUCAUCAAGGUGGGCCCACAAUAAGUUAUAGCUCCCAUAUAUGUACAUAUAUAGCUGAUUGUUCAUACUUGAGCUUUUGUGAUACUUACAACGCCUACAUUUAGGUAGUCAAAUCAUGAAUUUUUGUGAACUAUUCCACCUUACAAUACCUUUUGGAAAAAUAUGAAGACGAUCGGUCAGCUAAGGUCUUGCUUUAAAAAGCAUUAGACGAAAUGCAAUUAUCAGAACCAUUCAAUCGGCUCUUGUUUGAACUCUUAUAGCAUAAAACAAAGGGCAGGGAAUAUUUUGAAGUAGCUAAAAAGAAAGCUCAGUCCAAAAGAUAUUGAAAUUCUAUUACAAUCACCUAAGCUUGGUUGUACCGGAUACGAUAAUAUAAAAUUUUAUUUAUUUUUUGCAUACAUUUUUAAAUUUGUCCUGUAAAAAUUAUGUUGGCUAUGGUUAGUGAAUCUACCUGUCCUUAUAGAUGGUGGUCCUUAAAAAUAUCUACAUAUAAAUUUUCUAUGGGGCACCCAUUUUUUCUUCUACGUACAAAAUAAAGACAUCCAUACAAAAUUUCGAAAUUAAAAAGAAAAUAAUAAUAAAAUAUUUGGAGUCGUAACGAGGGUUUGAGAAAACUAUAUAUAUAUACAUAUAUAUUUUUUUAAAUCGCAAACAUUCGACACAAUUUUUACUUGAUACUUUAUAAAUUUGACAUAUUAUUUCAAUUUAUUCAUACAAAUUAAAAAAUUUGCUAGGUUAUAGUUGGCGAAAGUAAAAA